AUGCUAUUUCAAAAAUAUGUGAAUCCAUAAUAUUAUGAAAAUUUGAGAAGGUUUAAAUAUAGUGGUCAGAAUCUUUCAAUUUUAUAUAAUUGGAUUCUUGGGGAUAUGGCAUAAUGGGUGGUAAACAUACUAUUAAUACAUCUCAGGUUGAUUAAUUGCCCAAAACAGUAGCUCCUAAUCUUAUCACUAUUACAGGAUUCUGUAAUUUAUUAACUGGAUUUGCUCUGAUUUUCAUUCUGAAUCCUAUGUUUGAUUAAGAUUUACCUCAAUGGGCUAGUCUAUACAUAGCAUGGACUAUUUUUGUAUAUCAAACAUUAGACAAUGCAGAUGGAAAAUAAGCUAGAAGAACAAAAUAGUCAACUGCUUUGGGAAUGCUCAUGGAUCAUGGUAGUGAUUGUACUGCUACUUGGAUUGCUGGAUUAUUAUAUAUAAAUGCUUUUAAAAUUACAUUUACUCCAUUUAAUAUGUUAACUGCAAUAGGUGUAAGUUUCUUAGGAUUUUACUUUGGUGUUUAUUGUCAAUAACAUACAGGAGUGUUCUAAUUAGGUGUAAUUAAUGGAGUUGAUGAAGGAUUACCAAUACUAUAAUUAUUUUUCUUGAUAACUGCAGUCAUGUCUUCAUAAUUUUGGCUUAAUCAAAUUUAAAUCACAAAUACACUUUCAAUUUAAUAUAAUACAGUGUUGCUUGUAAUUACAAUAAGUGCAUCUAUUGUUACUAUCAUAUAAUUUUGUUAUCCUGUAUUUAAGAAGAUGAAUUGGAAUGUUCUAACAAUUUUAAAGAGUCUCUCAUUACCUAUUACUUUAAUGAUAACAUUUAUUAGUUUGACCUAUCUAUCACCAACUAAUGUCUUAUCAAAAUGGUUUCACAUUUAUGUUUUGACUAUUGGAUUACAAUGGUCAAAAAUGAUUAAUUUAUGGUAAUUGGCAAUUAUUACUAAAGAAGUAAGUAUAAAAAUUAAAUUAAAUAGACUUUCAAUUAAUUUUCAUUCACUUGGGCUUUUACAUUGGGAUCAAUAAUGUUGAAUUUGAUAUCAUAAUUUUUAACAUCAGAUGGUCUUUGCUACUUUGAUGAAGUCAAAAUGAUCUUUUUAUUAUUAGCAUUCUCAUUUUUAUCCUAUCUACAUUGUGUAACAAGUAUAGUUCAUGAAUUAUGUGAUAUUCUUGACAUUUAUGCUUUCAGUAUCAAAUACCCAUAAUGA